AUGGAAUCAAGCAAUCCUUUCGAUGAUUCACCAAUUUCCCCCUUCGCCAGGAAUUGGUCUCCAUUCUAUGUCAAAUUUCGAGGCCAACAAUACCCAAUAGAAUAUCAAGUCGAGAACAAGCGUGUGACGAAUAAAAACACGUUUUUCAGUGAUUUGGGCUUGCACUCUACCCGUGAUACAGCUUAUGUACUCGAUGAUUGUUUCCAACUUCCUUUACAGUUGUUCCUGCAAUGGUUGCAAGAAGACCAUAUGGAUACAAUAUUGAGCGAGGCUGAGAUGGAGCACGAGCCCUUGUUCGAUGAGACCUGGGCAGUUGUCGUUGUCCAUUUGUGUAUACUUUGCGAGUAUUGGGACUUUCCCCUUGCUUUCAAUGCAGCAAUGGAUCAUUUAAUACAUCUACGAGACUUUUCAUUCAUGGUCCCGAACCAAAUCGAGGCGACUUACAAGGCUACCUACGCCAGAUCGGGUUUGCGUCGAUUAAUCGGAGAUAUCCUCUCAAUUGGAAAUUAUCAACAACAAGGGGAGCAUUUACAGUCACUUGAACGUUCGAUUGCAAGGGAAGUGUUUGAGGAGCUUCUGGAUAACAUGAGGACACGUGAACUUCCCGAACUCUCCUUGUUUGAUGAUGCCGGCAAUGUCAGAGAUUGUCAGUUGGCGGAAUAUCACAUGAAGUCAUAG